CCUUGCCAACCCUAGUACCAAAAAAUCCUUUUCAAAUUUUCUGUAUGAAAGAUAAAAAGUUUUGAAUUUGAAGAGAGGGAGAGGGAGGCGAGAGAGCACUGCAGUGCGGAAAUGGAAGGCAACUUUAGCUCCGAACCGGAACCGGAAGUGGACUACAGUGUAAUCAACAUAGCAUCAGACGCGUUGGAUGGUUCAACGAUCUUUCACACCGUCAACGACGUCGUUUCCUUCCUCCUUUACAUGCAUCUCCAAAUCCCCUCCACGGUGCAGGAUAUGAGCGCGGAAUUUGAUACAUUGCAUUCCGAGUAUAAAGAGCUGGAGUUGGCUAUAGGAACCACAGCGAAAACAUCAUUUCGAAGACAGCAAGUGAGCAAAAUGAGGGACAUUAAGAUGGGAAUCAGGAGAAUGGAUAAGUUCAUGAACACACUCUUGAAAGUGCAAACUGCCAUCAAAGUGAUGAUCAGCCAAGUCCCCACCAUGGAGAAGCUUGUAUUGGCUCUUGGAGCUAGCCCUCUUCGGCCCCUGCACAUCUAUGUCUUGAACUUCUCUCAUGGAGCUGCACAUACAUCAGAUUCAGAUGAUUUCGGGAGAAGUAAACUGGCAGAAGGGCUGUCGAGAAAGGCAAUUCGGGCAUUGAUAUCAAAGGGUGCUGGGUCUGUCAACUAUCCCGGUCCUCUCAAAUUGUUUCUGCUGUUUAAGGCCCCUUCUUCAUUCAAUCAGCCUCUGCAUUUUCUGCCAAAACGUGAUUUUAGGUAUCACAAGCAGGUUGUGCCUUUGAAGCUAUUGGUUAAGUGCCGCAACCAGGUAGAGGAAGUAGCUGUUCCUUCAGAAGAUAUGAUCUGGUUUCAAUGCCGACAUGUGAUUAAAGGCCUUGCAAUGAACACAAUGCCGGAUGAAUGACAUCCUCUGGUACGAGACAUGAAUAUUUGUAAAUAUGGCCUAUUGAUUCUAAUGUUUCCUUUUUAAUUUUAAAUUUGGAUGUAACUUUGCAAUGUUUGCAUAUUGAAUGCCGUUAUUAUUAGUAGACCAAAAGCUGUGUAGUAUACUGCAAAAUUGCAAAUGUUGGAGGUAAGAACUGUUCUGCCUUGGAGGAAAUGCAGUAUUAGAAACUUCUCCCUCAAAUAGAAAGUUUGUUGUGAGAGAGUAAUUUUUCAACUUGUCCCAUGUUAAAAAAUGUAGCAAACUAGUUGCGAUUCCAUUUGUGAAAUUCUUAACAGUUUAUUCAUUAUAAAAAAAAUUCUAUAG